GCGCCCGCGUCAGUACUGUCUUAACAUAGAAGAGCGAGGUCACGCUCGAAGCAAGCAGUCCUUGUAUUCUCAAAAAAGGUCAUUUCAAUGAACUUUAAAUAAAGUGUCUAUUUAUGGCAGUGUGGCCAUACUGAAAAGUUAAUAUAAAUACCUUCAAACGAGUUAAAGGCUGCGCUAGAGAUUUUCACUAUGGCAAGUCGAGUCAUAUAUCGAAAUCCGGCCAUGGACAGACCAGGACCCUGGACUUUUAUGCCAAGUCAACCUCUACAAAAUUUAUAUUUUAACCAUGUAAGCCAACAAAAUUUGCCCAGGGAUCAGGAUGAACAUAGAGGUUUCCAGCAACAAAGAUCACACUUGCAGUCUGUGAAUCUACAGCAGUCAUUGAGUUCCACAGAAGUGCAGAAGCCAGUAUUGGAGGGCAACUCAACUUUAUGCAAGACCACGAUUCAACCCACAGAGAACUCUACUCACCCUGUUAAAGACUGUAAAGAUACCAGCAAAGUAUCAAAAAGCAGUGAAGUGCCAAAAUAUUCCCUAGGACAUAAUCAACAAACAGUUAAAACUCAAGAUAUUGUUCAUUCAAAAUUACUUUCUCAGGUAAAUUUUCAAUUUGAAAGAGAUGAAACUAUACGAAAAGCAUUAUUGAAACCCAAAAUGUCAUCUAAACCUAUAUCUAUUCAGCCUAUUAAAAAUUUGAAUUCAGAAGUUACGACAACUCUCGCAAUGAAACCAGUGAAUUCAAAAAUAAAGAAAACUGUAAAACCAAUGAAGCCGAAAGAGAAAAUUGUAAUGACUGUAGCUGAUUCAAAAUUCAGAGUGAAUGUAAUAACCCCAAGAUUGAAAGACAAGAAAAUUAAAGAUUUAAUGUGUUAUCUUUGCCAAAAAAGUAUCAAGGAAGAGCACUUUGGGGAACACUUGUUCUUUGGUGCCGUCAGAUGUACCCAUUGCAAGGAAGAGUUUUUGCAGUGCCAUAGCUUCAUGGUAAUGGUAGUUAACAGAAAUAUGGGUAGAGUGACAUGUGAGCAUUCGCUGCAGUACUGCUCUGACCCAUUUGAUUACAUUAGUGCUAAACUCUCAGGUGAUUCCUCUGGCAAUCUUAAUGGUGCAUUAGUUCCUUCAUAUGUGCUCAAAAAACUUUCAUUUUAUGUUGGACAAAUGAGUGUCCUAGAAAAAAAGGACCCAUGGCAAUCGGCAAUUUUACAGUGCAAAACACUGUUGCCAUCUGCUGUAACAAAGUCAGCAGAAAAUACCAGUUCACUAUCUGAACCUAACCCUAACAGUGGUAAUUCAAAAAUAUUGCCUGCUGUAUCUACAGCACUAACACCAUCUCAAAUAAAUCACAGCAACCAAAAAGAUAUACAUCCUAAAACAAAAAGUCCAGAGAUCUACCAAGAGAUACAUCCAAUAAGGAAAAAUCCUACACUCAUUUUACCAAAUUUGAAACAAAAUGGUUAUGAACAAGUCCAUGAAGAUGAUGCAGGGGAUCUGCUCUUAUCCCAAAAUUAUGGUCUUGAACAGCUUGAGCAAGCAGUAGAGUAUGUUGAAGUGGCAGGCCAGUGUAAGUUGCAGCAGUCUAACAUGCCAAAGAAGCCUAGACCUUAUAAGAAACGGAAAUCUGCAAAAAAUCGGUUCAGCCCCUUGGUCAUAGGAAAAGAUGAGCCCGCAGAAGAAGAAAUGUCUUUGGAAUUUAUUGAAACUCCAACUAAUGGGUAUUAUUAUGUGGUUCGCAGUGCUGUUGAGGAAUGCCCAAUGUGUUACACAGUUCUGUGCCCCUCAGAAUGUACUGUGAAUGUUGAAACAUUUCUUGUUACAGUAGUGUGUAGUGGUUGCAACCUCGUGAUAUAUAUAGUAUCUGAUUUCCCUGAUGGACCAAGUGUUUCAAUAGUGACAGAGAAAUCUAACGAAAAUAAAAAGGAGCCUAAACCAGAAGAAAAUUUAAAGAAAAAGCGCAAAUACACAAAGUGUGUAAAAGAGAAUAUUACUUUUUACCCAUCAAAGGCAAAAGAGUUCUUUGCUAAAUAAUAUAUUUGUUGUAAAUAUAAUUUGCAUUAUUUUUACAUAAAAUUCAAUGCAAUCCAAAGAUUAUUUUUAAGUUGUGACUGGUUGCAGGCAAAAUGCUGCCACUGGUGCUAAAUGCCGAAUGUAUCAAAAUUUUUGUAUGAUAUAAUA